AUGAAGAGUGCUUGUCGGCUAUCAGAAAAGAAGAAAACAGGAUUAUUCGAACAGAUCACCAAAACUCAUGGGACGGUCAUUGGAAUUACGUCAGGGAUCGUCUUGGUCCUCCUCAUCAUUUCCAUCCUGGUGCAGAUCAAACAGCCUCGCAAAAAAGUCAUGACCUGCAAAACCACCUUCAACAAAACCGGCUUCCAGGAGGUCUUCGACCCUCCCCACUACGAACUCUUCUCCCUGAGGGACAAAGAGAUUUCCACCGAUUUGGCUGACCUCUCCGAGGAACUGGAAAACUACCAGAAAAUGAGGCGCUCCUCCACCGCCUCGCGGUGCAUUCACGACCAUCACUGCGGCUCGCAAACCGCCACGGCCAAGCAAAGCAGGACCAACCUGAGUUCCAUGGAACUCCCUUUCCACAACGAUUUCGCGCCUCCGCAGCCGAUGAAAACUUUCAACAGCACCUUCAAGAAAAGCAGUUACACUUUCAAGCAGGCUCAUGAAUGUCCCGAGCAGGUCAUCGAAGACCGGGUGAUGGAAGAGAUCCCUUGCGAAAUCUACGUCCGGGGUCGCGAAGACACAGCUCAGGGUACCUUAUCGAUGGAUUUUUAAUCUCCUCGGAGAGCAGGAACCCGGGGCGUGUGAAUAGAUGUAACAUAUAUAGACGAAACAAAACAUGGCCGGUUGUACAAAGGUGUACCAUACGGGGGAAUUUGAUGGAGACGUAAAAAUUCAUACUUUUUUAAAAGCUUGUUCGGGUUUUUUUGUUUGUUUGUUUGUUUGUUUUUCAAGCCUGAAAGGAUUCUUUAAAUCUUUUUUUCCCCCUCCUUUCCUUUGGAAUUGUCCAUCUGAUGAAAAGAACAACCAAAAGUUUUGCAUGGGGCUCCAUUAAAAACGCAACCAACUCAGUGUCAGAAGUCCUCAAUGAUGGCCAACUGUCUAUACUGCUUCCGUUCCUCUCCCUUUCCUUCGGAACGACCGGUUUGCAGCCCGAUGUUUCAUUUGUUUUUCUUUUUUUCUUAAAAAGUGGGUGCCAUACCAAGGAGUAACGUUAAUAUUCAAUAUUAAUAUGGAAACACGGAGCUGCUCUUUGGCAAAUACGAUGAAGAGUGCUUGUCGUAAGUGCCACCUCGGACUCAACUGUCAAUCACCUUGGUUCGUUUGAGAGACAGGCAGUCCUCGACUUGUAACCGGGAAUUUUCAUGGCUAAGCAAAGGGGUUGUUGAAUGAGUGGCUCCCGGUUUCGCGACUUUUUCGUUAAGCGGAUCGCUGUACGUGUUCAGUGAUGGUCGUUGGGCAAAUUAUUUAUUAAUUAAAUUAUUAAAUCCAGCUUUCCCCAUUGUCCUUGCUUGUUAGAAGCUGGUCUGGGAAGGUCAUCAAUGAAGAUCGCAUGACCCUGGGAACCUGCAGCCGUCAUAAACACAUGCCAGUUGAC